AUGGAGGAUUUCACAGUCUGGGUAGAGCAGAACAAAGCGCUGUGGUCGCGUGUCUACGAUGAGGUCAUCCAGCCAAGUCUCGAGAAAGAGUGGAACAAGAGAGAAGAGAAACACCAAAAUCAAUUAAAAGAGAAGGAGAAGAACCAUGAGGCACUACUGGAACAUCUAAACAAUGAGAUUUCGAAGUCGGCGCGUCUUUCUAACGAGAACGCUCAGUUGAGAGAUCAAGCCCAGACUAAAAGUAACAUUCAAGGGGAGAAAGGGACCAUUACGCAAAGUAUUUCUAUCGAAGAGCACCGCCGCCUAGUCGAAGAAAAUGAGCAAUUGAAACAGCAACUUGCCAGACGCAAUGCAGAAUUCAGCCAACUGAGUAAAAGGUAUAGCGAUGCCACUCAGCAGGUGAAGUAUCUGCAGAGGAAGAAUGCCACAGUCAUGCAAAAGAACAAAGACAUGAAAGAGAGUGUACGCGCAUGGCAAGAGUAUGCGGAUCGGCAAUCGGGGAAGCGGAAACCUAAGUUUCAAAGUCGAGUCGAGGAAGCAAGGCUGCAAUCACCUACAAACCAUGUUUCUCCAGGAAACGAACCCAAUAUCCCUUCAAGUCCUCGGAAUUCGGCUACACCCAGGCUAUCUCCAACCCUCACUGACGUAGGGCGUUCCUCUCCCGCUGUCAUGGUUCCUCAUGCCGCCGAAGGAACUGGGCAUCAGUCGACGGCGAUAUUGGAUUCCGUUUUGGGCGAACAAGAUCCAUCUGGAAAUGCGGACAUCACACCAAGGCCACGAUCUCGCAUCAAUAGUUCAAAACUAUCAAAACUUCAACGGAUGACUUCAGAUCACGACAGCCAUCAGCAAGGUCAUCCAAGUUCGAGCCAGACAACAGUAGAUGAGCACGAUGAAUCAACGACUCGGCAUGAACAGAUAGUAGGCGUUGAAGAUGAAGAUGACGACAUGCCGGAGUUUGUAUCAGAGAGAUCACUGAAACGCAAACGUGGAGAACCCACCGCUUCUAGAUUCGAGAUUUACACAGACCGGUUAUCGGAUGGCACACCGGUCAGGCCGUACCGUGUGAAAGAAGAACAAUGCAGUAGCCCUCCGGUCUCUGCAUACAAGUUACUUCACCACGAGGCGACGAUGGACCUGGAUGAUCCUGCAUCCAACUUGCUUCAGACACCUCGUCACAAUCGAAGGCGACUAUCAAUCCCUGCCACCAGCGCAGAGACACCUCGAAGGCGAAGAUGCAACAGUGCACCAUCAACACAAGAGAUCAAAUCAGAAAACGGAGUAGACCAGGUCCGUGUGCCAAAUGAUCCAAUAAGGCGGACUACAGAAUCCCUUAUGCUUCCAGCGGUCGCCAGCACUGAAACUAGAGCCUUGAGUGAGCCCAUGGAGUCAACCCAAGUGGAGACAAAUGUCCUAAAAUCUAUCGAUCCAAAUAUAGUGAACACUGUUCCUGAGGAACCACCGAAUAAACGCUCACGAAACACGGGGUCCAGGUAUCAACAAAAGCAUGAAUCUUUAUUGGAGUCCAAUGAAGCACCGCCCUCUCUAGGUAAUGAGCUACGAUUGCCACCUAACUCAGCCCGGGUGCGGAUGAACCAGAGGCUUCGAGAUCUGAGAGGUCUCCAAACACCUUCCAAAACACCAUCAAAGACCCUACAGACAGGUCCAACCAAGGUCAAGAUUGAGCAGUUUUCUACCCCAUCAAGCCCGUCCCACACCACACAUACCCCCAGUCUUGAGAAGAAAUCGUCCAAGUCAGUAUCCAAACGUCGUUCGGAUUCACGUGAAGAUCCGAUACCGGACCGCCCAAUCUGGACAAUGAAGCCGCCAGAGACACGCUCAAGUGCUCGUAAGAAGCGUGAUUUGUCAACCAAAGAACAAAUCCCUCUACGAGAAAAACCGGUCACGGAACUUAGUAUUCAAGAUUUUAAGCCAAACCCAGCUUACAAUCAGGGCUACAGCUACGCAUUCUCUGAAACUGUUCGGAAGCGAGGAGAUCGCAUGUGUCUCCCUGGCUGUACAAAUCCACAGUGUUGUGGCUCUACUUUCCGAACCUUUGCAGCGGCUCAAGCACCUCUUAAUGGAUCACAAGAGGAGGAUUUGUUGGAAGAGUAUCUAGGUGAGGCUUACAGCAAAUUGCAGUUGACGCAAAUGUCAUCUGAGGAACGACAGGAGCUAGUGCUUCAAGCACGAACAAGGAAAAUGGCGAAAGAAUCAGGGAAACAUCGUGAAGCCUACCAGAGACGAAGGACACCACCAGGCUUUUGGAGGGUAGAUUUUCCAACAACUCAAGAACGGGAGGAAGACCGGGCCCGUGCGAAAGAACAAGAGAGAUUGGAAAUACACGAACGGUGGAUUGAGGCGAACAGAAGGGGCGGCAAAUGGGUUUUCAGAGAUGAAUAA